UUUCUAAAGCACAGCCGUAAACGCACGUGAAAAUGAAGUGUUUAGUAGUUUUUGUAUUUACCGUUGCAACGUGUUGCGCUGCGAUGGAUUUUAGUGGAAGAGCGAGAAAUUUUAGUUUAGAACUUUUACAUUUUACGCAACUUGAAACAAAUGGCCAUGUUGUUAUAUCACCGUUUGGUAUUUGGAGUUUGAUGACUGGCGUCGCACUUGGAGCAACGGGUAGAAGUAGAAGUCAGCUGGCAAGAGCGUUUUUGCUUCCAAAAGACGAAACCUCUAUAAUAAAUGGUUAUCGGAACUUAACGAAGACAGUGCUCGACCCUACUACUCAGGGAGUAACAUUAGCAAGUACAAACUUCGUUUUUCUCGAUAACGGCUUUAAUAUAUUUGAACCGUUUAGAAAAACAUUAACCACGGAGUUCGAGGCCCACAUGAUGGAACUCGAUUUCAAAGACUCCGACUCAGCAGCGCGUAUCGCGAACACGGCAAUUAAAGGUUCCGGAGCGACAGUUUCAAAUGUGCUAAGGUCGGAUGAUUUUGGAAAUUCUAGAAUGAUUUUAACAAACGUGAUCUCAUUUAAAGGGCUCUGGUCUUCGCCCUUCAACGUUUCAGAUACUAAUGUUGAACCAUUCUAUGAUGAGAAUAAAAAUAAGAUAGGUGAAGUGAAAAUGAUGUACCAGAGGGCAAUGUUGCCAUAUUCAAAUAUUCAAGAAAUGGGAGCCACUGUUUUAGAAUUGCCUUAUGGAAAUGAUAACAAGUAUAGUAUGUUAGUAAUUUUACCAUAUCCUAAAUUAACUGUAACUGAAGUUUACAAAAAGUUCGCUUCAAUACCAUUAAAAUCUAUUUUCGAAAGACUCGAUAGUGAUAUAGUUGAAUACGGAUUGGAAGACGUCGACGUAAAACUACCACGAUUCAAGAUCAGCACAAACGUAGUUCUAAACAAACCAUUGAAUAGUAUGGGAGUUUUCGAUAUUUUUGAUUCGAAAUUAGCUAGCUUCGAAAAAAUUACAUCAGAAGAAAUAUAUAUUUCUGCCAUAGUACAUAAGGCAGAUAUUGAAGUGACGGAGUCAGGUACUGUCGCGUCUGCGGAUACGUCGGCCUAUUUCGCUGAUCGUAUUUCAACACCUACCUUCGAAGCGAACCGACCAUUUAUUUACUUUGUAAUGGAAAAAACAACAGGAACCGUUAUUUUUAGUGGAAUUUAUUCGAAGCCGAGCGUGUUUUGAAGUGUUUAAAAAUAAUUGUACGUGACAGAAAUUAAUAAAGUUUACAGUUCUCUGUAAUAGAUGUGCAAAGUGUUCCUUCGAUGACUAAGUCAAUUGUAGCGAUACUCAGCUCUCUUAUUGAAGUGCUAUGUAACGUAUUCUUGUCUAUUGUCUGAGAAUUGUAAAACAUAAAAAGCAAGAGAGGUCCGAGUGAAUUUUGUGUAAAAUAAUUUGUAUGUAAAAAUGGAGGUAAUGUGUUAAAUGUUUCAUUGAUUUUUAAAUUAUAGUCGCAAUUAGCUGUACUAUAAUAUUUAAUUAAUUCAUAUAUAUCUAUAUAUAUAUGAAUUAAUUUUACAGUAUGUUUAAGAACCAUUUUGUUGUGAACUUAUACUCGACCAACAAACA